AUGUCUUUCAUUGAUGAUGAUAUCCGUAGGGUUGAUGUCGCCUUGGACAAGUUCCAACUUAGGGACGCCGAGGAACGAGCUGCCACCUUCAAUGCUGCUGAACAGAUCGCGAAAGCCGACGAUGAUCCUCGAACCUCUCAGCUCAAGUUCGUCAUCCGAUCCCUAUCCACCACCUCGCGUUCCAAGCCAUUGUUACGUCGGUCGAAAGUCCGUAAUCUGCUGUCUCAGGUGGUGAAAAGGGAUGAAGGACAGGCAACGACCGAGACAGCAUCACCCGAAGUCUCCAACCUGGAAUGGGUGGCUACUGGCAAGGCAACUGUCCAGGUCUACGGACAGAUACUCGACUCUCUACUGGAUAGGACCAUUCCGUUGAGCGAAUCGAUAUGGUAUUGGGAUGACUUGCUGGGGUCGUAUUUCAAUAUCGCCCUGUACACGGUCCAGACAUCCCCUUUGAGAUUCUGGAAGCAGGCAAAGGAAGUCUACGCUGAUGCUCGUCAAAGAUUCAAUGAAGGUCAUGGGCUCAGAGCUUCCGCGCAGCAAGCCAGUUCUACAGUUUCGGAGAGCUGGAGAGAGUUUUAUGGUCUUGUCCGAAAAAGCAUACAAGAGCGGUCGCUGGCCCAGGCACAAACCAGAAUACUAUCCCCCUUCUCAAUAGCCCGAAUGGAAGCGCGUCGCAACCGGGAACAGAUUCGUGACCUCAGGAAGUCUAGCUCUAUUACAAUAGGCCGACUAGUCCGUGAAUGCUUGGUGUUUGAAGGACCUCCAGAAGAUCGCAAAAUCGGGGCCCUGCCGCAGAUGAUAGGAUCACAAGAGGAAGAUUGGCAGACCACUAUUGCGAGGACUGUCUGCCUCCUCGAAAGCUUAACAAGGACCCAGCAUGACGAGGACGACUAUCUGCCAGAUCCUGCCACAGCUUCUUCGGCUGAGAUGGCGGGGUUAUUGAUUAAGAUUCUAGAUGAGAACCUCCCCAAGCACGAACAGGAUGCGAACGGCCUAAGCUCAAAGUAUGGCAAACCGCCCCGGCUGGUACGAUACUGGAUUCCUGCAGUUGCACUCCUUUUGUCGGGCAGCACACUUCUGAGGAUCGUUGCCAACCGAAGAGCGGAGAUCAUUCAGUGGUUCAGAGAUUUUGGUCAAACAACCAUUGACUUCUGGACGAAUUGGGUAGUUGAGCCUACCAAGAAGUUGAUUGGGACCAUCCGACACGAUGAGCAGAGCGAGAUUGCUAUUCAAAGCCGGGAGAGUCUCAGCGCAGAUCGGGAGAGUCUCGAACGCAUGGUCGUUGAUUUCGCUGUGCAGCAUCCAGAGAAUGGGACCAAACUGAACGACACCCAGGUUGCGGAACUCAGAGCCAAAGUCAGGGAGGGCGAUCUGACUCCAGUCCUGAAAGCGUACGAGAGAGAGAUGCAAAGUCCCAUAAAGAAUGCCAUCAUGGGGGAUCUCGUUCGCACCCUCCUGAUCCAAGUACAAAAAACAAAGGUCGAUGUCGAAGUGGCCAUUGGUGGGAUAGACUCUCUUCUCAAAAGUCAAGAAUUGCUCUUCGGCUUCGUGGGCAUCGCGCCCGGGGUGUUGAUCUCGUAUGCUUUGAUUCGGUGGCUGAGGGUUACAUUCGGGGGUCGCAAAGGCCUCCAGCAAGGCCAGAAAAAAGGGGAAGCCAUUCGACUGAUCAGAAACAUUGAUCGGACCUUGACCAACUCGGAGCUAGACGAGGACGGAAUCAUUUCAGAAGAGAACCACGGUCUCUUACUCUGCGAAGCACAUCUGCUCCGCCAGAGAGCAACUGCUGUCUUACCGAAAAACAUCCAGAGAGAAUUCCUCGAGGAUCUUGACGACCUAUUGGACAUCAAGGCUGGAGUCCAUCGACAAAUCAAUGUCUUGAGACGACUCGAAUGGGCUUAUGCAAAGUGGCUGAGAUGA